AUGGCAGAGUAUAUCGAACUUAGGCACAUGGUGCCUGCGACAUCAUCGUCAUCAUCUCCUCAAUACUUCCUACCUCACCACGGGGUACUAAAAGAAGACAACAACAAUUUCAAGAUCCGUGUGGUCUUCAACGGCUCAAAACCAACCAGUUCUGGACUCUCACUCAACAACAUCAUGCAUACCGGGCCAAACUUACUCGUCAACAUCUUCGACGUACUCAUCAGCUCAAGACAACACCGGUUCAUCUUUAUCACAGAUGUUACCAAAAUGAAUCGACAAAUUUUGGUCCACGAACAAGAUCAAAAUCUUCAACAAAUACUCUGGUUUGAUGAGGAAGGAAACAUCAGUCCCUUCAAACUUGCUACAGUUACUUAUGGGACAAAAUCGGCUCCGUUUCUUGCGGUUCGAUCUUUACUCCAAUUAGUCGAAGAUGAGGGACAUCGGUUCCCACUCGCAAUCGAUCCACUCACCAAAGGACGGUAUGUCGACGACAUUUUCGGCGGUGCAGAUACUCUCGAGUCACUGCAAGCAGUUGCAGAUGACAUCGAAGGUCUGUGCAUAGCGGGCGGCUUCCCACUCGCUAAAUGGGCAAGCAAUCAUCGCAAAUUACUUCAGCUCAAUCGUGCGGAAGCGAUUACACAAUAA